ACAGCUAACCGCUAAAGGCUAACAGGGCUCGCGAAGGUGCGAGCGCACUGCGCCAAAACACGUUCAAAUACUUCCAAGUUGUAAAGUAGUGAAGUAUAUCUAGCAGUGCAUCGUUUAUGCAUUGUAAAUCAAAGACGCUACAAAUUACCGAAGAUGUUGAAAAGUCUGACACUGGGAAAAGAGGAAUAUAACUAACACCGCGCAGGUGAGCUCCUGUCCAGGCACAUUGGUCCAUGUUUGUUGGACCUUUGGGCUCUGGGCUCAACUAGCAUGAAGAUGGCUGACUCAGAGAAGGCAGAGGAAUUAGUGUAUGCUGAGUACCCCCCAGAGUGCCUUGAUGAAGCACAAUCAGCUACAGGCUCUGCUCAGGGAGAGCAGGAUGAGCAUCUGAAAACGGAGACCACCACCAGUACCAGCUCACCACCGAGGGAGAAGGAGGCAGACAGUCCCUUGAAUACAGAGGGCGAGCAGAGUCUCCUCUCCAUGCCAUGCCUGAUGAAGGAGCUCCGCCGAGACUCCCCAGAGUCCCAGCAUGCCUCCACAGGGAGUGACAAGCCUGUAUCUCGUCAUAUCUAUGAAAGUGACUCCUCAAACCCCUGCAUGCUUUCCCCAUCAUCCAGUGGCCACCUUGCUGACUCAGACACACUCUCCUCAGGGGAAGAAGGUGCUGCUCCUCCCGCAGGAAAGGAGGAAGAUGGCAACAUGGAAGCCUCAAAUGAUCCUGGGCAGGCAGCAGGAAGGCAAUCAUCUGCCACCGCUACAGGGGGCAGAAAAUCUCGGCGGUCACGAUCGGAGAGUGAGAUGCCGCCCAAUGCAAUGGCUGCAAAGAAAAACCGCUGUCAGCCCACCUUGGUAGCAGCUGGAGGGCAGGAGAAACAAACCAAUGGCAAGCUGGCAAAAGUGAAAGGUCACCGGAGCCAGAAACACAAGGAGCGGAUGCGUUUGCUGAGGCAAAAACGGGAGGCGGCAGCACGGAAGAAAUAUAACCUGCUGCAGGACAGCAGUACGAGUGACAGCGAGCUCACAUGUGACUCCAGCACCAGCUCCUCUGAGGACGACGACGAUGACACUUCAGGAGGUAGCAAGACAAUCAAGACAGAUAUUUCAGACGGGCUUCCAGUAGUGGGUCACUAUGAUAUUUCAGACACUGAUUCUAACCAGGAGAGUAUGAGUGUGGAGACAGUCCGGCCCACGGUGAUAAAGCAUGAGCUAAAAACACACAGAGGCCAGGAUAUGGCAGCUCACUCUGGGUGUAUAAGAGCUCUGUGCUCUAUCUCAGGCAACGCGGAGGCAGAGCUGUCGCACAAGGAAAGUUCUCAACACAACAAGGGCCAGAUUAACAUUGCUUCCUCUGACAGCGAGGUAGAAAUAGUCGGAGUGCAAGAGAAAGCACGAUGCGCCCACCCAUGUGGAGGGGUGAUAAAGAGUCUGUCGACUUGGAAGGAGAACUCAGUGGAGCAGUUAAACAGCACAAAUCAACCACAGCUCUGGACUACUGUUUCCCCUCAGCCCAACUGGGUGUCCCCACCCGAAGUGGUGGACCUCACACUGGACGAGGACACCGGACAAAAAUACCUACUUUAAACAACCCGUACACUGAAGACUCCUUAUCUCUGCCCCCUCACUCCUCAUCCCUCUUGCCUUGCCUCCAUGUUACGGCUGAAAUCCUUCUUAUAGUUGCGGCCUCGCCUGUAACCGCUCCUGGAAUCUUCCUGCUCCAGAGCACUGUUUUUGUUUUUUAACUUACUGUCAAACAAUCAUGUAUCAAAGCCAUUCUACUGACGUGAUUCCCUCAUCUUGGCUUGUCAUUUCUGAAUUUAGUUGUAAUAAAAUGGCACAGCACUUCAAGUGCAGGUGGAAAUGUACACGAGAGUGAUUUAUCUGUUAAUGAUAGCAAUAUCCUACCUUCAUUUAAUACCUCAGUUUCCCCUUGACAACGGAUGUAGGUUGUCAUUUUGUGUUGUGCUUGCAAGCUGUAUAGUGAAAACAUCAAGUUGCUGCUUGAGAGCAGGUCAGUAUCACGACAGGCUGUUGACCUGCUUCACUACAGACUCUGAACGGCAUAUUUUCAGAUCCGGCGUUUUUACAUGUAGUCACCUGCAGUCGAGGCAUGAACGGCAGCUGGUACACUUUAAGUUGUACAGUAGACCACAAAGUUCGCUUUGUAGUGGUCUAGGGUCAAUUUUGUUUUCAAGAGUCUCACCACUGGUUUCACAUUUAGUUCAGUUUGCAUCGAUGGCUUUGCUUCUCUACACUCUGUCCGGCAUGGGUACAGCCUGUGCUCUGGUGCUGCCAAGGAGGGUUUUGGUUUAUUUUACAACAACAGUUUGACAUUUUGGGAUUACACUUAUUCGCAUUCUUCCUGAGAGUUAAAGCCUUUGCACACCAAGUCUGCUUUUUUCAUAUGUUUUUUUAAUUCCGUCAUACAGAGAAAAUGUAAUGCGGAGAGACCUUGCACAUUGAGUUCAACGUGAUUUAUUGUUUUAUUUGUUGCCAAAAUUGGCAACACAAGAAUGUCCUCACUGUCCUCACUGUCUCCACGCCAUCACUCAGUCUGUCUGUGUGCGAUCAACAUCCCCCUCCUCCUCCUCCUCGUCAUCAUUGUCCACCUGUAUAUUACUGUUUGACCUGUUGAAAGUAGGCUGUCUGAGUUGUGAAAUGAUACUGUGCACCCCAUUCCCCUCUCGUUUUCUUCACUGCGUCUUUGUUAAACUCUCUAAAGGUUUUUCACAGAUGCGAAAACAUGCAUAAAUGACAGAUGAAAAUUUCAGUCUGUGUACAAACAUGUGUGACACAAUGUGAGGUCGUAUUUAUUUUUAAAACUGCAACAAUUUUGCAUGAAAAAUACGGACUUGGUGUGCAGCAGUCUUUAGAAGGGAAGAGUGAUAUCACCUUUAUAUCUCUCCUUAAAUAUAAAGCUACAGCCAGAAGCAGGUUAGCUUAGCUUAGCUUAGCACAAAGACUGGGAACAGGGGGAAACCGCUAGCGUGGCUCUGUUCAAAGAUAGCAAAACCCUGCUACCAGCAUCUCUAAAGCUCACUAAUUAACACUUUAUAUCUCGUUUGCUUAUUCCACACAGAAACUGAACUGUAAAAAUUACAUUUCACUGUUUUUGGGGUGUUACAUGACAGACUAUUUCUUGGCCAAGAAAUAGUAAGACAGAGCGAGGCUAGCUGUUACCCUGUCUCCAGUCUUUGUGCUAAGCUAAGCUAACCUGCUGCUUUGGGUAGACAUGAGUGGUACCAACCUUUUCAUCUAGCGUUAAUUCUCUAUCAAAAAGCGAAUAAGCAUAUUUCCCAAAAUGUCUUUAUUUAAUCGCAGCAUUGUUUCUGUCACUACCAUAUUACAAUAUUUUUUCCUUUUUUUAAUGUAAACAUACAGAAAACCACAGGUUAAACUUGGACUCUGGUUGAAAAAUACAAACACACUACAAAAUACAACUCAUUUCCACCACAGCACUACUGUAUGUGGUGGUGUGUUGGCAAUACAAAUUAUGUAUGGUUUUAUUAAGACACAUUUUAUGUUUGAAGCCACAGAGUCUGCUGUGUUGCUACAGAGUGAGUGUCCCAAGUGACGUAGUUAUCAGUGAAUGUAUGACCCUGCAGUGCUGACUGGCUGCACUUAUUGUUUGCAUGCUUUUUCCUGAGUGGAUGCAAACACCUUUAAACCUCUGGGGACCCCUUUAUAACAACUGAAGAAAUGUAUCUUCCAUUGAAUACUGCAAAGCAAGAUGGCCUGAAUGCCUUGAAAUGUGCACUAUUUUCUUUUAGAAUUGUAUAAAGCUUAUUCUUUUACCUUACAAAGCAGUGGAUUUUGCUAUCUCGACAAUAAAUAUUUUAAUAAUAGAUGUGAAUUUAGCACACACACAAAGUAUACGUGGUGUUGAGUUUAUACCCACAUGUUUGGGGCAUUUAUAGAAGAAACUUUUACUGUAUGAACUGUUUUUAACCCUGAUCCUCAGGGCCUGCUUGCUCUCUUUCCCUGUGGUCUUAUUUCUGUCUCCAUGCAGUACUGCAGCCAAGCUGGUAAAUUUUUUAUCAAUGAUCCCACUUCACACACUGUUUUAACACUUAUGAUUUAUUUUAUUUAAUAUUGAAUAACAUCUACUUUUCUAAGUGAUGCUUGAGAAUUGUAGAAUCAAAUUAUUUGACUUCUGCUGGUCACAGAAGGGAAGGGAAAAUCCUAAAUAUAAGGAACUAAACCAAAGUCUAAAUGGGAUUAAUGUUUGAAGUUUUGUUUUAUGGAUUUUAAAUUUGCUUCCAGUCUUUCUUUUUAAUUUGCUCUGUAAGUCUAAAUCUUUUAAUUUGGAAGUCAAUGCAUUUGUUGUGAAAUGAGGUGACUUGAAUUCUGUCUCAAACUCAAGAUACAGUUUAGUAUAAUGUGAUAUUUUUGUCUUUCCUUCGGCCAGUUCUUUCCACUAUAUGCAGCUACCACUGUAACGACAAUUCUUUUUACCAGACCACUUCUGCUUGCAAAACCCAUUUUGCUAUUGUUCUUUAGAGUUAUUAUGACAUGUUAGUGAGACUCAUGUCUUUAGUGAUAGAGGUUUGGUAGAAAAUAAGGGCAGAGAUGCUCGAUUAUGGUUGCACAUAGCAUGUUUGGUCACAUCUUUAACCUCAAGUCAGAUAUUAUCCUCAUUACCAGUAAUUUAGCUUUGCUCUUCUGUUUAUUAUUGUUUUCAUUUUACUGUCAGUAUUUUAAAUUAACAAAAAAAAGGUGUUUAUUUUGUUGCUUCUGCAAGUCCUUGACUUCCUUGAAAUUAUGUCUGUAGAACAAAAAGAAACUAUUUUAAAACUAAAUAAAUAGAGCGUUAUUUAAUGA